UUCUCUGGACUAUAAACCAUGGGAAGAAAGAAGGUUAAGCAUGAGUUGAUUCCCAAUGAAUCUGUCAGGAAAGCCACACUCAAGAAAAGAAAAGCCGGGCUGCUGAAGAAGCUGAGUGAGCUGGCAACCCUGUGCGGUGUUACCGCCUGUGCAAUCAUUUUCAGUGGUUACAAUACCCAACCCGAUGUUUGGCCUUCCCCGAUUGACGCAUUCCGUGUGCUCGACAAGUUCAACAACUUGCCUGCAGACAAACAAGGCAAGUACAUGAUGGACCAGAAGGUUCUCCUCAGAAGAAUCAUGUUGCAGCUGAAUGAAAAGUUGGAGAAGCAAAGAGAGAAGAACCGAGAGCUGGAGGUGGAACUUGCUUUGGCUGAAACCAACUAUGAUUUCAAUAGUUUACAAAGUUCGGAAGAAUUGGUUCAUCUGUUGAAGGACAAGAUCGAGUUUGUGAUGAAUAAGAUCGAGAGCAAGGGGUUGAAGGGCUGAUCAAGUUUAGCAGGAAAAUGGAAAUAAAAGUACAGAGCACAACAGGUUUUUUUCAUCUGAGAUUAGAUGUGGAAUCUGCUUUGCUUUACAUGAAUAAACAUUAAACUGGUCACUAUUUGGCAUUGCUUUUAUCCUAUCGAUUGCCUGAGAUCUCACACUUCCAACCCUAUUUUGGUAUAUUAGAGUCUUUAUUCUUCAAUAAAAUUGUGUGGGUUGCAAGUCAUUUAAUUGGAACCGCAAUAUUUUGGUUUAGAUAACGGGUUCAAGGAGGUUUGGAUGGGGUCAUUUUGAUAGAUUAAAAUUGUAUUUGAUUCCUUGUUGAGGAUUCUG